AGCCUCUACUUUCUUGUUAGAGACCUCACCGUCCAGGAGGGACAGAGCCUGCCCUGGCUGCAGGGAGCCCUCCAAGAGCCUCAGAGGGGGUGGAAGCCAGACUGGUUGGAUUUGAGGGAAGGGGGCAGGGCUGUAGAGAAAGUAUGUAGGGAGACCAGGUACCACCCCAGAAAUGGCCUCACAUACUCCACUCUGAAGGCAGCCUCUUAUCUUCAUCCUGAGGAGCCCCAGGCUCUGGGGGCCUCUGAUAAGCUGAGUGUUAGGGCCCCCGAGAGCAGGGAGAGGCACAAGGGUAAGGCUGGCAAAGCGGGGAGGCUGCAGCUCACUGACCCAGGGCCCAGGGAGGGAGAGAACGAGAGACCCUGCUCCAGGUUGCGAAAGCCAGUGGUGCAAGCUUCUGAUGCAGUCAUGGUUAAGUUACGCAGAUCGCUAGGAUGGACCACACGGACAAGAGGUCAGGUGGCAGCCCUCAAGCUCACCACUCCAUACUCCCUCUACGUCUGCCCCGAGGGGCAGAACGUCAGCCUGACCUGCAAGGUCUUGGGCCCACUCGCAGACCGACAUGAUGCACUCUAUAAGACGUGGUACAUGGGCCACCAAGAGAACCAGAGCUGCUCAGAGAGAAGGCCCAUCCGCAAUGUUACAGAUCGAGAGCUGCACCCGCACCAUGGCGGGCAUCACAACACCAACAGCAGCCAGAAUCCUGCUGGGCACAAGGACCUCACUCUGCACCAUGGAGUGGAGCUGAGCUCCGACCACCACGGGAACUUCUCUGUCACCCUGCUCAACCUGACUGUGCAGGACAGUGGCAUCUACUGCUGUCUGGUGGUGGAAUUUAACCACCAUCACUCUCAGCAGAUGGUCCACGGUAUUGUGGAGCUCCAGGUGCAGAAAGGCCAAGCCCCACUCUCCAAAUGCAUAUUGCACCCAGCCUCCACCCAGGAAAGUGAAAAUACCACUGCGGCAGCCUUGGCAACUGGAGCCUGCAUUGUGGGCAUCCUCUGUCUGCCCCUGAUCCUCCUCCUGGUCUACAAACAGCAGCAGGCGGCCUCCCACAGGCGUGCCCAUGAGCUGGUGAGGAUGGAGAGCAAUGCACAGGGUAUUGAGAACCCCGUUUUUGAAGCCGUGCCUCAUGGGAACCCUGAAUCAAAGCCCAAGCCUCCUCUGUCCUACAUGGCUCAGAGACAGCCUUCUGAGUCAGGACGGCACCUUCUCUCGGAACCCAAUACCCCGCUAUCUCCUCCUGGCCUUGGGGAUGUCUUCUUCCCUUCACUAGAUCCUGUCCCUGACUCUCCUGAUACAGAAGCAGUCUAGAACUGCUUAGCAUGGAGGGGGAUGAUAAUAGCAUUGCUGAGGGAGAGGGGCUAGGCCCGGGCAGUCCACAGAUUGGCCCUUUGGACUGAUUCCCCCUUGGACUCAUUGUCUACAGUUCUUUGGUGCUCUCUUGGCCUUCUCCCUCCCAUGCAGACCUAAGGGUCCUGAUGAUCACUCAGGAUCCAACCUAGGGGGAAGAAAAAUGCCUCAUCAAUCAUCUCCCUUGGCCCCUUGGACGCCAGAGAUACCAUGGGACCUACUCCUCUGAGAGACUAAUGAUUUAUCAGCCACACUCAACAUCCUGGGACAAAAUGCUGAGAAUCCUC